AUGUCUGCACCCAAUUCGGCGGCGAAUCGAUUGAAGCAAGUACAGGGUUUCUUGUCGGAGAACAAUGAAAGAUCACCGGACAUGAUGUGGCCAGCACUGCCAGCUCGGGCCGGUUAUCUGGCCCUCAAAAACGGCAGACGUCGAAAUGCCUUGUCUUUGGCCGUGUUGAGAGACUUGCGCGACCAGCUGCACGCGUACAAUAAAUCACCAGUGGAUGGUGGAUUGAGAAUAUUGCCUCCGUUCAAGCCAGACCUUCUUGCCGAUCUCGAGAAAGCUUCAAAGGACAUCAAUUCUGACGCGGGAAAGCAAUAUGGCUGGCUGCUUGACUCGGCGAAAUGGCAAGAGCAUCGGAAAGGCCUCCCGAACGUGAUUGUGCUGCGAAGUGAAGGCCCCGUGUUUUCCUCGGGCCACGAUCUGGGUGAGCUGCGAACACUCAGUCAUGACGAGGUCAAAGAGACGUUUGCUCUGUGUGCUGAAGUCAUGUCCUUGAUCAGGCGGUCUCCGGCCCCCGUCAUAGGAGCCAUUCAAGGUCUGGCAACCGCGGCGGGAGCACAACUCGCCCUGACCACCGAUCUCCCCAUCGCUUGUGCCACGACUCAAUUUCGGCUUCCCGGCGCAUCCAUGGGAUUGCCAUGCACGUCGCCCUCUACGGCGGUAUCUCGCAAACUGGGACAUGCAUUGACUUACAGAAUGCUCGCUUUGGCCGAACCGAUUCGCGCCGACCGACUUCCUGGAGGAGCGGUCGACGUGGUGGCUGAUCAAGAAGCAUUUGAGAAAAGGUUGACAGCGAUGGUGGAUCAACUAUCGGAGACAGCAGGACAGCCUCAGGCCCUUGGGAAAUGGGCGUAUUGGACACAACUCUCGUUCCGUGGCGGUGAGUCUGGCGGUGACGGAUAUGAAGAUGCAGUCGCAUGGGCCGGAAGGAUCAUGGCGCUUCAUGCGAGAGCUGAAGAUGCGAGGGAAGGCAUCAAGGCCUUCUUUGAGAGGAGACCGCCAAUUUGGAAAACAUGA